GGUUGACGCCGGAAGAGGGUAAACUAUCUUCAGGCGAGGUUCGGAUUUGUGAGACUGCGCAUUAGACGGUGGGCAGAGCUUAAAUAAUGAACUGUUGUCUGCAGUGAUAUCAUAACACUGCAAUGUGAAGACACCCUCAUGUGACCGUCGCUUGUCUCCGUCUCUCGCCUAGACACAGGAGCUGUAAAAGGGGCCAGAAGGUAAAAGCAUGAGGACUAGAAGAGGAAGGAAGCCAGCUGAGAUCCAUCUGCAUGUCCCACCACAGCCAGCAUCAGAUUAAGGAAAAACAAAAAUGGCUCAGUCUGUGAGGAGACAAGAGGCUUUAGGAGCCAUGAACCUCAAACCCCAAGGAGACAAGACCAGGACCAGCUACUUCUGCAAUGUGAAGACCAGGUUGGGAUCCAAGUUGCCUGCUGGUGUCUCCCAGCCUCCACAGUUUGCAAAGCCUCCUUGGGAGAAGCAAACGAUCCACGAGGCCACCGCCAGCAUCCAGCUGCAGAACCAACCGAUCAUGAGCUGGCCCCUGGACCACAUCCCCCACAUCAGAAACCCUAAACUGCGACAGUACUACCUGCAAGGGACUUCCUGGGAUCUCAACAGUACUUUAGCAACAAAAGAUCCUGCAGCUGGACCGUCAGAUGACAGCACAAGCAGCAGGGGCCUUCCUGGAGACACGGUGUUCAGUGUUUCGUCUAAGUUCAGCAGCAGUGAUUCAUCGUCACUGGAGGAAAAGGAGCUGAUCUCGGAGGUAAACACCACCUCUCAGCCAGAACCGGACUCUGAGUCCAAAGAGAACUCAGAGGCUGUUGGAGAUUGUUUAAAUACACCGAGUGUUCUGCCCCAGUCCCCGUCACCAGAGGCAGAAUAUGACAAACUACUGGACGUGGAGGCGGUAUCGCUGCCUGAUGGACAGUUCUACUUAUUGGCUCUGCCACCAGAAUGCUGCCACGGGGUGGAGCCAGAGGCCAUGCUGUAUCUCAAACUCUCCUGCCGCUACAUCACUGACCGCAAGGGUGUGGUCACUGGUCUGCUGUUGGUGACUUCUAAUAAGAUCUUCUUCGACCCGUGUAAGACGCAUCCUCUGGUCAAGGAGCACGGCUGCGAGGACUACCUUCUGUCCUGUUCUGUUGACAGUUUGGCAUCUGUCUCCUUCUUCUACGACGGAUCACACAUUCACUUCAGCUCCUCCCAGCAGAGGAGAAAAGGAAAGAACAUUUUACAGAAGCUCAAAAACACAAAAAGCCUCAGAAACCAGAAGAAAGGGGAGUCUCGUCGAGUUCUGGUUCCUGCUGCUCCUUCAGAGUCACCUGGUCUGUCCAAGGAGGUUUCAGAAGGGGAGGGGGAGGAGGAGAGCAGAGACAUGGUGGAGGCUGAGCGGGAGCUGAAUGCCAGCCCUUUGAAGGCGCUGUCUGAGGAGACUGUGGGAAGCUUGGCUGUUCUGAGCAGCGCCGCUACGUUCUGUUGCGGAGGCAAAGAGACGGCGAGUCAAGUGAAGACGGAGCCGCCGGACUCAGAGGAGUCCUCCAUUAAGAGUCCGAGCGCAGUCCCUCGGAGGUCAUCGACGGGGAGUCUGGGUGGGCUGAUGUAUGUGCGGCUGCGGGUUCAGUCGCCGUCAGGGAAGAAGAGCUCAGCUAAGACUUUACUGAAGAGAGACGCCUGGCUGGCUAUGUCACAGGAAAGCUCGGACGAGCUGCGAUCCUACCUGACGCGUCUGCGACCAGACCUGUGCAUACUUGAGGGAGAGGAGGAGGGCGAUGAAGAGGAGUUUGUUCUUAUUGAGGACAAAGAGGAAGAGGAGGAGAUGCAGAUGCACCAUGGCUCAGGGGAUGACUGGGAGAUGGUGCUGAUGGAGGAGAGUAAGGAGAAGCCAACUCUGGUUAUCGACAGAGAACCUGAAGGGAUCAGUAAUGUCGUCGAGAGCAGCAACAUCUUAGAGGCUCUACACGUCAGAGAGUUGUGCAAAGAGCUGCCCCCCAGGAUGGUGGGUGUCACGUGGAGGCUGGCGUUCAGCACGACCCGCCACGGCUCCAGCCUCAAGGCUCUGUACAGAAAGCUCAGCGGCACCGACUCUCCUGCUCUGAUCGUCAUCAAGGAUGCAGUCGGCGAGAUUUUCGGGGCCUUCCUCUCCCACCCGCUGAGGCUCAGCGAGGCAUUCUACGGAACAGGAGAAACCUUUCUCUUCAUGCUGCAUCCUCGUUACAAGUGUUUCAGGUGGACGGGUGAAAACUCCUUUUUUAUUAAAGGAGACCUGGACUGUUUUGCUGUUGGUGGAGGAAGUGGUCAUUUUGGGCUGUGGGUGGACGAGAACCUGUUUCUGGGCCGCAGCAGCCCCUGCUACACCUUCAACAACUGCUGCCUCUCCGAAACCGACGAUUUCCGCAUCAUGGAGCUGGAGGUGUGGACGUUCAGCAACUGAGGAGACGAGGGAGGGCCUUAUUUAAUAAAAAAAAAACACUUAUUAUCGCUGCUCUUUUAUGUUUCAUGACGAAGUCCAUCUAGAUUAUCAGCUGGAUUACUUUGUGUCGUGGAUUUAAUGUUUGAAUCAUUCCUGAGGGUUUGGCAGCCAAACUCUAUGGAGCUGAGCUGGAAUUAAACUACUUGACUGAAGAUGGUUUCUCUGUUCUUAAUGCGACUAAGCAACAUUUAUAAUUUAUCAUGUAAAUACAACGCUGAGUCAGCCAUCUUUACGCAUGACUGCUUUUCUUCUAUCUGUAACAUCUCUGUGUUUUCUAAACAUGACUUAGGAGUUACUUCAAUUAAUGCAAGUUUUGUCAUGAAGCUGUGGCUCUAUAGACCGAUGUCACGUUGUAUAGAACUGGAUUAGUGAAUAAAAUCAGCACAAUGUAUAUUUGA